AGAGAAAAAAGGUGAUUUUGUCAAGGGAAAUAUGGCAACUCAUGUUUUGGCUGCUGCGGCGGAGAGAAAUGCUGCGUUGGCGCCGGACGCCCCGCUUGCUCCGGUGACUAUGGAGCGCCCAGUGCGCACUGACUUGGAGACUUCGAUCCCGAAGCCCUAUAUGGCAAGAGGAUUGGUUGCACCUGAUAUGGAUCACCCCAACGGAACACCAGGCCAUGUGCAUGAUAAUUUGAGUGUGCUGCAACAGCAUUGUGCUUUCUUUGAUCAGGAUGAUAACGGAAUCAUCUAUCCAUGGGAGACUUACUCUGGACUUCGCCAGAUUGGUUUCAAUGUGAUAGCUUCCCUUAUAAUGGCUAUCGUCAUUAAUGUGGCGCUGAGUUAUCCUACUCUCCCGGGUUGGAUUCCUUCUCCUUUUUUCCCCAUAUAUUUGUACAACAUACACAAGGCCAAACAUGGAAGCGACUCCGGAACCUAUGAUACUGAAGGAAGGUACCUACCUAUGAAUUUUGAGAACCUGUUCAGCAAGCAUGCCCGGACAAUGCCCGAUAGGCUCACUCUAGGGGAGCUAUGGAGCAUGACUGAAGCUAACAGAGAAGCAUUUGACAUUUUCGGCUGGAUCGCAAGCAAAAUGGAGUGGACUCUCCUCUACAUUCUUGCAAGAGACCAGGACGGUUUCCUGUCGAAAGAAGCCAUCAGGCGGUGUUACGAUGGCAGUUUGUUCGAGUACUGUGCAAAGAUGCAAAGGGGAGCCGAGGACAAGAUGAAAUGAAGGAAAUCGGCUAUCGCGGUAGGUGUAAGUUAUGAUGUGGUGUGUAUGAUGGAUUGAAAGUGCCAGUGCUUAAGUUGUGUGGCAGAGUCUUGUGUAAUAACCUUUGUGUACAGAUUUAAGGUCUCGGAAUUGGUGUAACUGUGGAGAAGAUGUUGACUCCUGUUUUUGUUCAAUAAGUCCAACUCUUGACAUUUGGUUGGUUUGCAGGGAAAGAUGGGGAAUUUUGUUUUCCGAAA